CUGCAGCUGUCACGCCUCUUCCGAAUGCACGUGGAACCCGAUAAACAUCCCCGUCGCCAACGAAACACGCAUACAAAUCCCGGACUGCUGUUGCCUCGGGAGGAAAAACCCUCGAAUCACUUUUAGAAAACACGAUCGGAGGAGUCACACACACGGGUUCGGACGCGGACGCGGACCGCUCCCCCCCCGCCGGGCUGCUGCUGUGCUGCUGGAUGAGGCUCAACAGCUCGCCGGACUGGCACGCGCUCAGACCUGCCUCCCUCCAUCAGCUGUGCAUCUGAGGCUGGUUGGCCAUGCAGGUGAAAUGUCACGCUUUGACCCUGUCCUCUGAUCCAAUGAAGCCAUGGGGAAGACCCAGCCAACCAACGCAAAGAUGAAAGGUGGAUCUCGGAAAACAAAAAGAAAAUCUACAGAGAAAGUCGCCUCGGACACGGAGGAUGUAGAUGCUCUGCCGGGCAGCCCGCUCGCCGGCGCCAGUUUCUUACCGAGUACCCCGAGAAGAGGCAGGAGGCGGAUGGGACGGACGCAAGAAUCACGCCUGACCUCCACACCCGUCCACAGCUCCUCCGCUGACCUCCUGGCCGGCGUUUCAGAGUCCCCUACAGGAGCAAAACAAGAAGUGCUACAGCCCACUCCGUUAAAGACGUCCGAGGUGGAUUCAACUCCCAGUCAAACUCCCAAAAGCCGCCGAAGGGGGGCUCGUGCUUCCCAGCCGAGACAAGUCCGACUAAGGCUGUCGAAGGAGCGCGCACAAACCUGCAACACAAACAACGGCCCUGCAGCCGCGUGCCGACGAGGCAGAAAGCGCAAUGCAAAAAAGGAGGACACCACUACUCUGCCAGCCAAACGCUGCAGACCCAGAUUUGAACUGGAGAAGCUUGACGCAUCGAGCCAAGACGGCUCAUUGCUCUCUUCAGAUCUAUCAAUAGAGCUGAGUCACCACGAGGAACCGCCGCCAUCUUUGUCCUUCCAGGAAGACGAGGGAAGCGAGGAGGAUGAGCUACCGAGUUUCUUGAUGCAGGUGGACAAAAAGCCCCCGUCCUUCGCACCGGGGGCGUUUGUGUGGCACAAAAUGAGAAAUCAUCCCUUCUGGCCGGCAUUGGUGAAAAGUGUAAACCGUAAGCAGAAAAAAGCCAGCAUCAUGUUCAUCGAUGAACGAGAGAUUCACAAAAAGAAAGGGUUUACUGUGGUUCUGAAAACCUUGAAGCCUUUUGACUGCGAGGAAGCCAAUGAGCUUCAGUGUAAAGCCAAAGAAAAGUAUGAUACUGCGAUUGAUUGGGCCUUGGAGCUGAUCACAGACUACAGAAUACGGAUCGCCUGUGGCUCAUUUUCAGGCUCCUUCCUCGAGUACUUUGCUCAUGACAUGAGCUAUCCAGUGAGGAGAAAGUACCCGAAGGCCGCCUCGGAGAGACUGACCAUCAGCAGCGACGAAGGGAUGGAGGCCAGGGACGAAGACCACACGGAGGACGGAUGUAGUGAACAGCACGAGGACGUCUGCAGGAGUUCCAAGAGGCUGCUGCCAGACCGGACUCACGCCGCCCACAACCGCGCCAACGAGAAGCUGGUACAUUUCAUCGUGAAGCAGCGCAUGGUGGACCAACGCCUUCUGGCCGUGAUCAGCGGGCAGCAGCAGUCCAGAUGGUUUCGCUCUUUCCUGAGUGCCAGUCGGAGACGGGUGGUGAACAUAUACCUGGAAGAUGACCAGCAGUUGGACCAGGUCUACUGGUACCUGAAUGAGCUCUACGCAAACGCCAGGGCCAGCGCCAGCGCCCCUCUGCUGGCAAAGAUGCGAUCCAUGGAGCGCGUCCCCUUUGUCCUGGAUGUGCUUCUUCCUGAGGCCAUCAUCCACGCCAUAGCUGGAGUGGACAAUGUCCCGGUAAAAAAGGCAGAAGAAAAAUACCUAAGAGGACGAUGUAUAAGUAACAGGGAAAGGCAAGAGUUUGACUUGAUGAUUGAACAGCAGAUGAGGAAAAAAUCAAAGCGUCAGAGGACGUCUGUUGCGCUAUUCUCCGAUCCCAUCAGUUAGCCGGCUGAAUAUCCUAAAACAGGAAACUUAUUUUUGUAUUUUUUGAUGUUUAUUUACAGGGAACAGAGCAGUUGUUCUGUGCCUUUUAUUGUCAAUAAUGAAUGAUAUCGCAUUAACACAACUCUCCAUGGCCACUCCUUGAUCCCCAAAAGUUUGAAUUGCUUGCAAGAUGUUCAAAGGGUGGACUCACAGAAACUGAUUUUAAAACAUCUGCAAUAAUCAUGAUGAUGAGUUAUGUCUUAUUAGUUAUAUGUUAGACAAUCUGAUCUGGUAGCAGUUUACUGACUAUAUGUACACUGCCAAAUCCCUCACACAGCAAUUAUUGUACAUUAAAAAAUUGCUGUCUAUAUAUGAUUGUGUGCUUUUUAUUUUGAAAGAUUGACAAGUGCCAAAUAAACAAGUGCUAUCAACUCAA